AUGGAACACAUAGAAGAGGUAAUGAGGAAAUUCACCUUAUCUGAGAGCGAGAGGGAGGGCGUUUGUUUGGGAAAAGAGGAAUUGGAAAAGGGAAUUAAGGAGUGUAGAUUGAGUUUAAUAGGGAGAGUUUGGGGGAAAGAGCAGCUAACAUUACUGUUUGUAUUUGAAUCUAGAAAGGAUAUUGAACUGGUGCUUAGCAAAAGACCUUGGAUCUAUGAUGGCCAGCCUCUGGUAUUAUUGGAAUGGCAGGCAGAUCUGGAGGAGGCGGAGUCAGCGUUCAAUAGGACUUUACUGUGGGUUCAGAUUUGGAACUUACCUCUUCAUUGGGUUACUAAGGAGGCUAGGCGUAAAAUAGGUGAAAUAUUUGUAGGUGUUAGAGAGGUCAUUAUUCCUCAGGGAAGAGGUAAGGAAAGUAAGCAUCUCAAAAUCCUAGCUGAAAUGAAUUUUAGAGAGCCUCUGCCUAGAGGUACUGUGGUGAAAAGUAAUGUAGGGACUAGAUGGAUUGAGUUUACGUAUAAGAAGUGUCCAGAUUUUUGCUUCUGUUGUGGACGGGUAGGACAUAAUGAGAGGAUCUGUUCUAGGAAUGGGAUAAAUAUUGAUAGGAGAACCAGUAUGCCAAUUGGCUUCGAGUUAGUUUCCCUGGGAGUCCAAGGAAGAAAGGCAGGAAUGAAGGGGAGUAGGAACAUCAGGGAAAGGGGGGUUCAGGGAUCAAAUUUCAGAUGA